CAUUCUCGCACUACCCCCUAUCAUACCCAGGGGAACGGUCAAGUCGAGCGCUUCAGCCGGACACUCUUGGGAAUGCUCCGUACCUUGCCAGAGACCCAGAAAUCACGUUGGGCAGAACACUUGAACCAUGUGGUACACGCUUAUAACUGUACGAAACACGAAUCAACUGGCUACUCACCGUUCUUCCUCCUCUUCGGCCGCCAUCCCCGUUUGCCGGUAGACUUAAUGUUUGAAACUGAAGAUGAAACCAACCACGUGAAUCAUUCCCAAUACGUCGAAAAGUGGCGCAAAGCGAUGACGGAGGCCUACAAAUUGGCAGGCAAGAAGUCCAGUGAAGCAGGCACACGAGCCAAACAACGUUAUGAUCGUUUUGUACGAAGUUCGAUAUUGCUGCCUGGUUAUCGAGUUCUUGUACGCAAUCUAAGAGAACGGGGCGGACCGGGGAAGCUGCGCUCGCAUUGGGAGGAUCAGACUCACAAAGUCGUUAGCCGUAAGGGAGAAGAUAGCCCUGUGUAUGAAGUCAAGCCCGAGGCUGGCCCUGGGAGGAACAGAAUCCUACAUAGGAAUUUGCUAUUGCCUUGCAAUAACCUUCCCAUUAACAUCCCAAACGAGGUUAGUCAGAGGAGAGAAGGAAGGAUCGAGAAAGAUAAGCGUAGCACUGCUUAUCAGAUACCCGUACCACAGGCCGAAGAAUUGGAAGAUGGCACCUGUAGUAAUGAUGAAUAUACAAUCACCCCAGGGAACCCUUACACCGGGCAGUUCAUAGAAGAGGCAGUUACUGAGGAGCUCGCCAAAUCAUCAGUUGAAGAGAAACAGCCUAAGCCGACACAGUCGGAGGAUGCUAUAUCGGACCACGCCCAUCGAGGGAAAGUAAUCAGCGAUCAAACUGUUUUGGAAGAGACAGAAGAAACCGGCUUGGAGAACGGAAAGGGCCAAGAUCCCCUAGCCCAGGAUAACAACAGCCCACCAGACAAUCCAGAACUGGAACCUAGGCUUAAGCGACAGAGACAUCCACCAACAGUUCUGACGUACAACACACUUGGCAAUCCCACGUAUGAGAGCCAAGCUGCUGUACACGACAUAGCCGCCGACAAUUUUUCUGGAACUCAAUUACCCCAGCGUGAUACUCCGAAUCUUCAGUGGAGAACAGGUUUGUCAACUGUAAAACAGUUUCAGCUACCCCCGUACUCACCUUUGUCCCAGUAUCCAGCAAUCUUUGGCUACCCGGGAACGUACCUGCAAUAUCCACCCAUGCCUCCACCUGUGUUCUAUCCGGUUAACCAGUUCCCUGCUGCCUCACCUAUCAUGUAUCAGCCAAGGAGUGAUCUGUUACAAGCACCCGUAACCAUGAACUCUGGACAUGUACCUGCACCCGGCUUUGUGUUUUAA